AUGACUUGGUCAUACUUGGUUUACCUCCCGCAUGAGCUCGACGAGCUUGAAGCGACCCGACCCCGGCAAGAACAGGAAGCUGCUGCGAACAAGACUGCAAAGAGAACUGAGCAACAAGAGGCAAAGAAUACAAGCUCACAAUCGCUUCUUCCAGGUGACGUCAAGAAGGGUGCCAACCUCUUCAAGACAAGAUGCGCGCAAUGUCACUCCGUGGUUGAAUCUGAGGGCAACAAGAUCGGCCCUAACUUGCACGGUCUAUUCGGCCGCAAGACUGGCUCCGUCGAGGGCUUCUCAUACACAGAUGCGAACAAGCAGAAGGGUAUUACGUGGAAGGAGGAUACUCUGUUCGAAUACCUCGAGAACCCCAAGAAAUAUAUCCCCGGCACAAAGAUGGCCUUCGGUGGCCUCAAGAAGGGCAAGGACAGGAACGACCUGAUCACCUGGCUGCGCGAGGAGACCAAGUAG